GUGCCACUGUGCUCCUGUUUUCUUUGACUUUCCCUUCGAGAGAGGCGCACGUGCCCGUAAAACCGUGAAUUUGUGCCGUGCAAUAAAAAUACUUUGAGAUUCAUUAAUCAUCAUGACUGAAAAGAGGCUCGACGUGAUCGCGGGUGCAACGUCUGGCGCUAUCAAAGGAAUAAGUAUCGGAGCGACGAAAACGGAGACUAAAGUAAGAAAUUUGCAAAGCAUAACCCGGCUCGAUGAAAGCGACUGGGUGACCAGGAUCGCGUGGGGCGACGACGACGAACGGGAGAUUUUGGUCGCCUGCGGCGCAAAGAAAAGCAACGAGAGAAGAGUGAAGAUCUUCGACUGGGACAGCACAAUACUCACAGAUUCUUUUCCUUGCAACACAGGCAACGGAACCGUCACCGGAAUAUCGCGAUACGGCAAAUACAUUUUGACGUCGGUCGAAUCCGGGGAGGUAUGCACGUGGUCCGCUGGAAAAGGAGAGGUAUUGCUGAACGCCGGAUGUAACCUGAACAGAAUGUGCCAUUCGCGUGAUCAGAGGAAUACGAUAGCGACCGGAGGAGACCUGGAGAACAAGCUGAAGAUGUACGAUUUGGAGACGCAGAAGGAAAUAUUCCAGGCGAAGAAUCUUCCGAACGACUGGCUGAACCUAAGAACAUCUGUUUCGAUAGUAGAUCUAUGUUUCUUGCCGGGAGGUCAUCAGCUGGUCACAGUCGGUAAAUAUGGGCAGAUAUUUCUGUACGAUCGACGUCGCCAAAGACGUCCUGUGAUAAACUUAACGGUGAAAGAUGAAGCCUGGACCUGCGUAGCUGUCGCGCCCAAAGAAAAUCACGUCAUAGCGGGCUCGACCAAGGGCAAGCUGAACCUCGUCGAUCUGAGAAAGUCGGGCACCGUGCUGAACACGUACAAAGGAUUUACCGGUGGCGUGACCGGGGUGGCUUGCACCAUCAAACCGUACGUCGCGAGUGUCGGCCUCGAUAGAUACCUGCGGAUACACGAUAUCGAUACGAAAAAACUUCUCAAAAGCAUUUAUUUAACGUCGAAAUUAUCGUGUUUAAUAAUGAGGUCGGAUGUCACUUUAGAAAUGAAAUCCGAGGACGACACAGAAGAUAUUUAUAGCUAACGUAAAGUUUUAUAUGAACAAAAAAUUUUUAAAGCAAU